CGAGGCUAGAGGCUAACUUUUCUGAAAGGAGCGGUCAAGUUCACUGCCCCCAAGUUUCAAGCUUCGUCCCAGAGCCAAGGAACUACUCUUUCAGCCAUCAUGACUUCCAUCCCUAGGGGAUGCUACAACAUAAGCUCCACAUACUAUAAUCUUUGUGACAUGGACAGUCCUUGGGGCAUUGUUCUAGAGACGUUGGCAGCAGCUGGAAUUGUGACCUCGGUUGCCUUCAUGUUAUCUCUUCUUAUUCUCAUCUGCAAAGUCCAAGACUCCUGUCGAAGAAAAGUCCUUCCUACCCAGUUUAUCUUUCUUCUGGGUGUGUUUGGCCUUUUUGGCCUCACGUUCGCCUUCAUCAUCAAACUCAAUGAGACAACUGGUCCCACUCGUUUUUUUCUAUUUGGAGUCCUCUUUGCUCUCUGCUUCUCUUGUCUACUAGCUCAUACAUUCAUGUUGGCAAAGCUGGUCCGAGGGAAGAAGCCCCUAUCAAUGCUGAUGAUUCUAGCGUUGGCCUUGGGCUUCAGCUUGGUUCAAGACAUCAUCGCUGUUGAGUACGUUGUCAUCACCAUGAACAGGACCAACACUCGUGUCUUCGAGGAAAUGCCAAGGACCCAGCGCAAUGAAGAUUUUGUAAUGCUACUGAUCUAUGUCCUCUUUCUGAUAGCUUUCACCUUCAUCAUGUCUAUGUCCACAUUCUGUGGCUCUUUUACUGGUUGGAAGCGUCAUGGCGCACACAUCUACAUGACCAUGCUUUUCUCCAUUGGCAUCUGGGUGGCAUGGAUUACUUUACUUUUAAAUAACUCUUUUGAACCAAUCUGGGAUGAUACCAUCCUCAGCACUGCCUUGGUUGCCAAUGGCUGGGUCUUCCUAUUAAUGUACAUUUUCCCUGAGUUUAUCCUCCUUACCAAGCAGCGUAACCCAAGGGACUAUCCUGUGGAAGAAAAUUUUUGUAAACCUCAAUUCAUGAAGCAGAGUUAUGGUAUGGAGAACAGAGCCUACUUGCAAGAGGAAAUCACUCAAGGACCUGAAAGCCCUAGCAGCACCCUCUAUGCUCCAUACUCUACCCAUUUUCAGCUGCAGAAUCAGGACUCUCAAAAGGAUUUCUCAAUCCCACGACCCAAGACCCGUUCAAGCCCCUAUGAUGAUUAUAGUGGAAGGAAAGUGGGCAAUUAAUAUCACCAUACAAAACGGGAAGAUAAACACAAAACAGCAGUAGAACCAGCUGAGGGUUUACAGGGAAAUGGGAUAAACCUUCAAAUGCUAAGGAAACUGGACUAAAGGGGCUCAUUACAGGAGGGGUCAUGAGAAGAGCUUCCUCCGUCUUAGCCCCAGUUCUCUCCUAACUCUUGGAAAGAAGGGAGCAAAUCAGGCUGGUGUUGUGGGCGAUGCUGUAGCUUUCUUUCCCCGGUUCCCAUCCCAAAGUAUUUUCUUUUACAAGUAGUUUUUGUCGAUUCAAGAUUAAAACCACCAGGGAGGGGGAGAAAGUUUAUUCUGAAUGCUGUAUCUUUGGUUUAUUGAAGUUUAUUCAUUCAAGUCAUCCUUCUGAAGAGAGAGUGCUUAGAUGUUUUUGUUGUCAAAGAACAGGAUUGAAAAACAGUAAAAACAACAAAGGACCAGAAUCAGCCACCCGAUCCAUUUCUGCCUGAAUCUAUCCCGAAAACCAGCCGCCUGACAUCUGUCUUUCUCUGUGGGCACGAAGGACGACUCUUGCCACUCUAGAUUUAGCCGCCUCCACAGACGUGUCCAAGAAGAGACGGACUUCUUUAUUUCAUAGGGCAAACCCUCCAUUUGUUUCCCAUUCAAUUCCAAGUCUAAAGCUCUCUCUCGGUCGUUUCCCUUCUGGAUGCCCCUUGCUUGAAUAAGCCUGAUGCUCUUUUCCCAGAAGAAUUUGCUCUGUCCUAGAAGCAAAGUGUGGCACUGAUCCUCGUCCCAAACCUAACUCUGCCACCUUGUAAAUAGCCUAAUAUUGCCUUCACCCUUCCCUUUUCAGUAAACGUGUGGAUGUCAUUUUAUUCGUGUGGAAGCCUUUUGUUAUGUCAUAAGUUAUUCAUUAUUUCUCACAUGGAAUAAACAAU